AUGGCGGGCUAUUACAAUGGGCAGAUUGUGCUGGAGUUGGAUAACAAAGCAAUUGUCAACGAGCUGAACGCACAGACCCCAACGCGCUCUGCUCAUUAUGGUCUGAUCAUGGACAUUAAGCAGGUCAUGGCAGGUUUCGCUGCAUGCAAAGUUCACGAGGCCGACAAGGCGGCAUGGCAGGUAUUGCUGAGGGACAAGUACCCCAAGCCCUUCGUCUUCCACGACGGCCGCCUCGCCUUCACGCCGACGUUCUCCGCCGCGAUCGCCAUGUACACGUACAUCCCCUUCGGCAUCUUCCUGGCCAUCGUCUGCAGCACGGCAUACAGCCUCCUCCCCUACCGCGUCUCCGUCCCCAUCGGGGCCCGAACCGGCAUGCGCUCCCGCAUCAUCGCCGGGCCGCCUGCCGACGCCGUCGAGAAAGACAAGGCCGACGGCCGCCUCUACGUGUGCAACCACCGCACCCUCCUGGACCCGAUCACCGUCGUGGCUGGGCUCCGCAAGCCCGUCACCGCGGUCACCUACAGCGUGAGCCCCGUCUCCGAGCUGAUGGCGCCCAUCCGCACGGCGCGGCUGACCCGGGACCGGGAUGAGGACCGCCGACGCAUGGAGGGGCUGCUGGCGCGCGGAAACCUUGUGGUGUGCCCCGAGGGGAGGACCUGCCGGGAGCCCUACCUGCUCCGCUUGAGCCCCUUGUUCGCCGAGCUCGCCGCCGAGGUUACCCCCAUCGCGCUCGAGACCCGGGUCGACAUGUUCUACGGCACGUCCACCAAGCCGACGUCCAAAGUGCUCGACCCGCUCUACUUCAUGAUGAACCCGCGGCCCGAGUACCGCGUCGAAUUCCUGGAGCCGGUCGAUACCAUGACCGUGGCCGACGGCCACGGCCACGACGACAUAAGCCACAACAUCCACGUGGCGAACCGGGUGCAGCGUGUGCUGGGCGAGGCGCUUGCGUUCCAGCUCACCGAGCAGACGAGGAAAGACAAAUACAUGAUGCUCUCCGGGAACGAAGGCAUCGUCAAAGCGAAGGCCAAGAAGUCGUAG